UACCUUUAAUACAUUCAGGUGUAAAAAGAUAGUACAUUACUCAUUUAUAAAGUUUUCUGAAUGUUUUUGACACCUUGCAAUCAUCUGGUCUUGCAAUGUAUUUUUUUCAAACAAGGAAAUAACACUGCAGAAGAUAUUUAAAAGGAUAGAACAGCCAUUGCAUAAAGGAAGGAGGUAUACAGGAAACACCUGAGUAGACUGUAACUUGAGAAAUUCCACAUUUGACCAUUUUUUUGACCAUGAGGAGUUUCACAUCCUCAUGAGAAGUUUUAAGUUUCUGUGGUGAGACAUCAGUGAAGAGAACUGAGUCAGCGUGAUGUGUGUGUAUUUGUUGUGAUUAUGUCUUUGAGUGUAUUAGAGAGAGAGGAGGGAUGGUGAUCUCAGUAACAGCUUCUCUCCUCAUCAAGACACUGCUCACUUCUCCAGCUCUGAACAUGCCACUGCUGCUCCUACUGCUGCUGGCAUCCACCGGUGAUGGUCAGGCUCAGCGUGUGGUGGGCCAGAAGAAGAAAGACGCGUGUGCAUGUGAGGUGAACUCCACCAUGUGGUUGUUCCCUGCUCUUAAGUACGAGGCUGUGUUGCAGCAGGUUGAGUCUUGUGAGGGCUCCCUGAACAACCUGCAGGAACAGGUGCAGUUGUCCAACCAGCGUCUCCCUCAGAUUCAGGCUCUGGUUGAGAACGCGACAGCCCGGCUGGCGCCUUACCAGUACCUGCAUGAUCGGGGCGUGUAUUCAGCCUUGUCUCUGCGUUUGCUGAACCAGGAGCUCAGUCAGCUGGAGACAGACAUCAGUGACAUCCACAGCCAGUUAAACAAUACCCAAACACAGAAACUCUUCAGAGAGGUGGGUAAACUGCGUACAGAUGUAGACAGGAUGCAAAGGACGGACACAAUUAAUGUAAAGACUGUAAAGGAGAAACUGCGCUACCUGAAGAACGGUGCUGAGUCCUGCAAGACAAUUCCCAAAGACUACCAGGGCCAGGACAGGUACUGCCUUAAGGGCCUGAUCACCGACAUCAGCGAUCCAGUCAUGACUAAGGUCAGUCCACACGGAAAGAGCUACACCUCUGGUUCGUGGGGGAAACAGGCCCAGAUGGACAGCGAAGGCCAGAAGAACAGCUACUGGGUUCAGACCCUACUCAAUAGUGACAUCUGGGACAACUCCCUGCGCAUAUACCAAACUUAUGAAGACUUCAUGGCCUCUGCCAACGACAAGGACUUCACCUUUGCUGCAUCCUACAAUCAUGCUAAUGCCAUCGAGGGUCCCAGCGCUGUCCUGUAUGGUGAAGCGCUGUACUAUCACUGCUACCGCUCUGCAGAUGUCUGCCGCUAUGACCUGAACAGCAACACCGUCACACGGGUGACACUUCCAGGCACCGGUGUGGGUUUCAACAACAAGUUCCCGUAUUGUUACUAUGACUGUCGUGCCAAUAGUGAUGUGGACGUGGAGGCAGAUGAGACAGGACUAUGGGCCCUUUAUGCCACUGUUGGUAACCAUGGUAAUCUAGUGGUAAGCCGGCUAACUUGGGACAACGAGACUGGGACGCUCAAUGUCUCACAGACGUGGGAGACGAGGCUCUUCAAGAAGGCAGUGAGCAAUGCUUUCAUGGUGUGUGGUGUGCUGUAUGCCACUCGUUAUGUGGACGAAUACCAUGAGGAGGUGUUCUACGCCUUCGAUACAGCGACAGGCAAAGAGGACAACUCACUGGCACUGCCACUAGAGAAGGUAGCAAAAGGAGUGGCCAGUCUGAGCUACAACCCCACCAACAAGCAGAUCUAUAUGUACAAUGACGGAUAUCUUCUAGCCUACCAGGCCCACUUCUGAUCUAAAGCUGUUGUGAUUUAUUGCAAUUUCCAAAUGGCAGCCAUAUUUGAUUCACAUAACACAAGAAAUAAGCAAAGCUGGAAACAGUCCAGCUUGAAGACUAUUGCAAGCAACAACCAAUUAUGAUGAUCUAUAAUGUUAGCCAGUGUUUGUUGUUAAAUAAUUUGUUCUGUUAAGAUUUAUAGAGGUAUGGCAUAUAUAGUAGUACGUUGUAAGA